AUGUCUAUUAUAGCCUAUGCUAUCAGUAUGCUGCCCACCAAAACCACGAUCAUCCAGACAGCAAUAUCACAUGUAAUUUACACAGUACAGCAGCUUUUUCUAGAGAAAACUCUCAGAAUAAAAAUGGAAUCAGGGUAUCUGUCGGAUGCUUUAAAUUUGCCCAUUGCAAAAAGAGUAAGCAAAAAAAAAGCGGUCAUAGAAAUACUGAAGGGCCUGGGCCUGGCAUUUGCAAUACAGAAUGUUCUGCUGGCAACAGGCAGCGCAACAGAAGCCUCAGGAGAUUUCAUAACUAAUUAUUUCAGCGUAAUAGCCCAAAGCAACUCUCUGCCCCUGGUUCUUAAGCAGUUUGUGCAAAGUUUCAAAAUAUUCUGCACUCUUCUGCCCAUUCUCAUGGCGUUCUACUAUACGGUUAUAUGCACAAUUAAAAGCACAAAUAGAGCAAAGAGUAGGAAGAUAACAGCAGCCACUGCCUCUACAGCAGUAGGGAGCUUGCUUAUCCUGCUGAUGAUAGGCAACUAUUUGAUCAUCCAUAGCGAAAUAGUCGGGAAAAUAGCAGUGUCUAUUUUUGGAAAGAGCCCCACUCUGGUAGUGUUUAACUUUCUGAUUUUUUCCAUAUAUUCCAUUGCAGAGAGCAUCUGUCUCUCUCGAAACAUAUAUGCAAACAGUAAAAAUUCUAGAAGAAACAAAAAGUCGCUGGUGGCAGAAGGCGUGUAUCUGUCCAUCCUUGCAAUAGCGAUGUCUAUAGCCACUGCAUACGUGGGAGUGUCUGUAACCCUCCUAUUGAAUCUGUUUGUAACACUCACGAAGAAAAUAAUUAACAAGAGAACCAAUGCAUCAAGAACUAUUAUGAACUAA